AUGCGACGUGAAGACUCAGCAACGGACGAUAGAAGCGUCUUUCCACAACAGAGAGGCACUGAAGAAUUCAUGAGGGCCAGCCCUGACCUCACUGUUUUGGGCAUCUGCACCGGCAGUGGACUAAGUCAUCUAAAUUUCGCGUUAGUUCAUUUCGGCCAGAACAACCCUUCUGCUCCGCUACACAUGCAAGUAGAGCAGUCUGGCCAUAUACCCGUCCCGUCGUCAGUGAGAGACUCUCUUUUCAACUGCCUACGAUUAGGCCGACACGGAGCCAAGGCUGCAUCACGCAUCGACGAGCUGCUCGGUCGUCUGUUUUCUGGCGGUAUCAAGGCUUUCUGUCGGAAACAUGCCAUCGAUAUCACUUCUAUCGACCUCGUGGGCACUCAUACCGAGGCCCUGGAACUCUUGCGCCGACAAUUGAGCCUAGCUGGCAUGCGAGAGCACCAGCUUAAUUGGAACAGGAUCGUAGCCUCAGAGACAGGCAUCAGUACCGUCUUCGAUUUCGCAGUCAUCGAACGUGACGUCGUUCGUUCUCGCUUGCACCCAACCGCCUAUGUCGAUACGAUGCUCUUACAGCACCCUCAGAAAUUCCGGGUCUGUCUCAACAUCAACGAGCUUUCGACGUUGAGCUUUAUACCGGCACAUAGUUACAAUGGCGCGCAAGCAGCGAUGUCUCACGAUUGCGGGCCAGGCAGCCUCCUGAUCGACUACGCAAUGCGAUACUGCACAUCCAACGACCAGUCAGAAGAUCGUGAUGGGAAAGUGGCUUCGCUGGGAAAAGUCAACCAAGACAUCGUAGAUCGUUUCCUCAGCGGACACGACUAUAUCCGCCAACCACCUUCCUUGAGUAUAGCCACCGAGAUGUUUGGUGACCAUGAAGCGCAACAACUCAUCGACGCGUGUCUGUAUAGCAACAUGUCUGAUCACGACACCCUCGCGACUGUUACGCGAGUAACAGCACAAAAUAUCCUGAACCAGUAUCACCGCCUACUCAAGCUCUUCUUCCUCCCGGGGCAGGAAGUCGACGAGCUCUUCUUCUGCGGCCUGGGCGCAAGGAACUCCAGCAUCAUCGACUAUCUCAAGAGCCAGCUCCCCGCGAUCGUCACCACAAGACCGCUACACGAUAUCGGGAUACCAGGCGAUGCCCACGAGGCCGUUUGCUACGCGCAGCUCGCGCUCGAAGCAGUGCUGAGCUGGCCCACACAGUCGGCUGACGUGCCACUCGUGCCGAGCUCGACACAUCCACAAGUGGAAACUGUGAGAGCGAGCGUUGUGCCAGGCACGAGAUGGAAAGAGUUGAUGAGCCGCGUGCUGGACUACAGUGGUGGCGAAGACAUACACGCACCGACAAAUGUGUGCAUAACGGGCAACCUUGAAGCCGGGAUUCAAGAUAUGAAUCUAUAG